AUGGCACACAGGGUCCUGGAGCUAACGCUCGUCUCGGCGAGCGACCUGAAGGAUGUGAACAUGUUAAGCAACAUGGAGGUGUACGCGGCCGCAUCCAUCUACGGCGACCCGCUCACGCGCCAGUGCACACACACCGACCGCCACGGCGGCAGGUACCCGUCGUGGCACGAGACGCUCCGCUUCGCCGUCCCGCCCACGGCCGCCGCGGCCUCGGCCGCGGGCAGCUACCUCCACGUGCUCCUCCGCACCGAGCGCGCAUUCGGCUUCGACGACCGCGACGUGGGCGAGGUGCUCGUUCCGGUGGCCGACCUGCUCGCCGGUGCCUGCGUCUCCGGCGCCCAGCGGCUGUGCGCGUCGUACCAGGUCCGCAAGGUGCAAUGCGUCGAGCACCAUGGCGUGCUUAGCGUGUCGUACCGUCUCGGCCCCGUCAUGGCGCCGGCGCGUCGGGGCACCCAGCGCUGCGGUGGCGCCGUGGGGUACCCGGUGAUGCCGCCGCAGCCUUGCUAUCCACCGUCCUAUGCUUACGUGCCGCCGUAUCAGUCGGUGGCGCCGUGCUAUACUCUGCCUAUGUUCGCACUCUGGCGCCGAAGAAUCUAA